AUGCCCCGCACGAACGCAGCAGACCACGCGUCGAGCAGCCAUACCUUCGGGUUGACGAAGAAGACUCUCCUGAGGAGCAAGGUGGCCGAUCUAUAUCGCCGGAGGUGCGAUCUCCUGUGCGUCGCCGAUCUACUGCGUCGGACGAGAGAAGUCCUCGCGAAUCCGACAGAAGUCCACGUGAAGAGGAUGCUUUGGCACGUCCAGCCUUUCCCUUUCAGCAUCAGUUUCCAAGUCCUCGCGUCAUCGGAC